UUUGUAGCAAAGCUACUAGACUGCUGGUCUUACCACAUGUCGUUUGUCGUGCAUUGCAUGCCACAGCCCUCCCAUUGGGUCUAUAAUCAAUUCUACUUCUUCAAUUCAAUUGCCUCUUGUAUCGGCCUCCGUCAUCGAACCACCCGUCCGUCCUCACACCGUUCGCAGACACGCACGCACGUAGGGGCACAACGCAGACCACCUGAUAAGUGGAGAACGAUUGAUGAUGGAAGAAAGAAAACAGGCAGUUGA